UUGAAACUAUCUAGAGAAAGCUAUAUGAGGCAAUCAUGUGCUUCUGCGUUUAGCGUUUGGUGAACUCUAGUCCCACUGAAAUAAUGGGUUAGAAAACUCUACAGACUUGAUGGAUUACACUGACUUUACAAAGCACAGACUCUCGUUUCAAAACAAAACUGAUUAAAUACUUCACAUAAGCCAUAAUUAAUGGUGUAAUGAUUGAGUCCAACGUGAGUCUGAGUUGCGCGUGGUGCGCUGGAGGAGGUGACGGGACCAGAGCGCACUUGGAUGAGAGUCACUCAGAACACAGUCUGAGUCCGACUGGACACUUGGUCGUCGCGGUGUGCCUUGGAUUCAUCGGAACUUUUGGGUUUCUCAACAACACGCUCGUUCUCAUCCUGUUCUGUCGCUACAAGGUGCUUCGCUCGCCCAUGAACUGUCUUCUGCUGAGCAUCUCAGUGAGUGAUCUGCUGGUGUGCGUCCUCGGCACUCCGUUCAGCUUCGCCGCCAGUACGCAGGGACGGUGGCUCAUCGGUCGCGCGGGAUGCGUGUGGUACGGCUUCAUCAAUACAUUCCUGGGUGUUGUGUCUCUAAUCUCCCUGGCGGUGCUCUCUUACGAGCGCUACAACACCAUGAUGGGGGCCACGCAGGCCGACUCUACCAAUUAUAGAAAGGUGGCCAUGGGUAUUGCUUUCUCCUGGAUAUAUUCCAUGGUUUGGACUGUUCCGCCACUGUUUGGAUGGAGCUGCUACGGCCCGGAGGGUCCCGGCACCACCUGCAGCGUCAACUGGGCCGCCCGGACAGCCAACAACGUGUCUUACAUCAUCUGUCUGUUUAUCUUCUGCCUUAUUCUCCCUUUUGUGGUGAUUGUCUACAGCUAUGGCAGACUCCUUCAGGCUAUCACACAGAUGAGCAGGAUCAAUACAGCGGUGAGUCGAAAACGGGAGCAGCGUGUUCUCUUCAUGGUGGUCACCAUGGUGGUGUGUUACCUGCUGUGCUGGCUGCCCUAUGGGGUUAUGGCCCUGCUGGCGACAUUCGGGCGUCCCGGCCUAGUCACGGCAGCGGCCAGCAUCGUUCCUUCUCUGUUAGCCAAGAGCAGCACUGUCAUAAACCCCAUCAUCUACAUCUUCAUGAACAAACAGUUUUGCAGAUGUUUCCAUGCGCUCAUCAUGUGCACCACCCUAGAGAGAGGAUCCAGCUUCAAAAACUCCUCCAAAGUCACCAGAACUCUCAGGACAGUGCGACGUGCCAACGGCCAGAAUGUGACCUUUGCUGUGGCCACAGCUGGCCAUCCUAAUAUCUUUGCUCCUAACAGCGGAGGGCAGAAAACUUCCUCAGAGGGAGAGAAUCCAUCUCCUGCUGCGGGCCAGGGCAACAGCAGACCUGUUGUCUCUCUUGUGGCCUACUACAAUGGUUGAGCUCAUACAGUCAAGCCAAACUGAUAAUAAUACAGUGGAAUUAGAAGUGACUGAGGUCACGGAAUGCAUAAAGAGGAAAAAUAAUUGAUAAGUGGGUGUGUCUUGCAAAGGAAUGUGGAACUAGGACACGUCCCUCACUGACAGUUGUGUGCAUUUUAGCCAGAUGCAACUCUUUGAAGUUAAAAACAUCUUGAUAAUGGAUGUUGGUUUUUGCUAGAUGACCAAGCGAUGAACUGGAGUUUGGACUCUCAUUCUGACGGCACCCAUUCACUGCAGAGGAUCUAGUGGAGAGCAAGUACUGUAUGUAAUGCUACAUUUCUCCAAAUCUGUUCAGAUGAAGAAACAAACUCAUCUACAUCUUGGGGGGUGGGGGCUUGAGAAUGUCAAUUUUCAGAUAAUUUUCUUUUUUGUGUGAAUUAUUCCAUUAUGGGAUAUAUGUUGCUUAAAUUUAAAGGCGUUAUAUCAUUUGAAAUACAGAAAUUUAAUAACUUGCUCAUCAAUCUUAAAAGAGAAUCUGUGGAGUCUUGAACAUAAGACUCAAAAUACAUUUAACUUGUCAGCAUUUAUACAGCAGUAAUUCUUUUUCAUUGUCAACUAAUUCUCCAAGUAGAGUGAGAUAUGAAGAAUAUCCACCGAACGUCGUGCUUGGUAAUGUGUUUUAAUACUUUAUUUUUAUCAAGGACCCUGAUCACAUCAACAAGUUUGUGCAGCUCAUUUCAGCUGGACUUGUUUUAUGACAACCCUUAAAAUGUUUGAGGAUAUAAAACCUGUUUUGAGCUGUAAGAAAACUUGACUAACAUUAAUUGACCUCAGGAAAAAAAUGUGAAAUGUAUGACCCCUUUAAUAACAAUUGCAAUGCAAAAGUCUUUGAAAAACAAUUUACAAGUAUUUAUAUGUAAGCUCUAUUUUAGCUUUCUGUCUAUUUUAACAGAUGUUGUAUAACAUUUAAAACUGCUUAGCAAAUGAAAACAAUCCUGGAAUAGCUCUCCAUAUCCUUGCAAAUGUAUUUCCAAGUAAAUAAGCAAAUCAUUGAUUUGAAAUACAUAAUUUCCUUGGCACGUUAUCCAAAAUCUGCUGGAGGCACCCAUCCCAUUAAAACCGGUUUAUCAUACUGUUUACACACACACACACAGGAAAUAAUCAUUAAAAGCCAAAAAGAUUUCAUAAACUAUAACGUACAGUAUCAUAAAGCAAUGACGCCUUGGAGCCAAAACCUGCAACAGAAUCUGUUGACAAUGGAAUUCAUUUCAGUUUAAUAAAUUAUAGUGUUUGUUUCUGUG